UUGGUCGUGUAAUUUGCUUUAACCAAUCAAAGUUGCUGUCACUUGCAAGGCUGUUCAGCUGUUUAGGUAGCAACGAGUCAGACACAGCAGUUUCAGGACUACUAAAAAAAUACAGAAUGGCCACUGAAGUUCGCUCAGCUGUGCGCCACCAGCCGCCAGACUGGUUCACAAACAACUAUACUAUCUCCACUAACGCUGAACGUCAGAGAGAUGCGUCUCACCAAGUUAGACAGGAAAGCCGGUACCUCCGCAAUGAAACAGACAACCAGACAAAAUGGGAUCAGCACUCAAACAAUGUCAGAUUAGCAGACAGAGUAGAUGAUAUAAGAAAAUGGAAAGAAAUCUUGGAGAAAACCUUGGCUGACAUUGAUAAAGAAAUUGCUGAUUUGUCUGAGGCUAAGGAUCUCACAGAGCAAUCUUUGGAGGCUAAAAAUCUGCCAACAGAUGUUGCAAUUGAAAACCUAACACUUCGUGAAGGCAGACACUCAAUUGACAUUGUGGAGGAUGAACCAGAAAAUCAACUUCACAAGGAGGUGGAAGUUAUCGAUGGCAUCAAGAAGAUUCUUCAGCAGAGGAUCGGCGAGUCAUUUGAGCAGUUGUGUCUACUCCAGGAAGCUCGCCAGCAGCUUCAGGCUGACCUUCAGGACAAGAACCUUGCCCUUGGCAUCGACAUUGAUCAGUACAAUCUAACAGACAGGUCUCCUCAGAUAAGCUUCAAGCCUGACUCCCUCAGAGUACCAAAGGGGAGCACAACACCCCAGCAGUGGGAAGACUUCAGUCGUUACAACAAGGAGAAGGCUGAAGCCGAAAUGCAGGCAUCUACACGCCUGAGGGAGGCCAUACAUCACACCCUCCAGCAGACGGACAACGACCUUGAGACCCAGAGGAUCGCUACCGAGUAUGCCUUCCGUCGCAGAAUUCAUGAGUUUGAACGUGCCAAGGAUGAGCUGGAAUGGCAGAAGAAAAAUACGGAGGAAGAAAUUGCUGAAUUGGAGAAUGACAUCCGUGGAGUUGAGGAAGCCAUCCGUGCCAAGACAAACCCAAUGAAGCUGGCUCAGACAAGACUGGAGAACCGAACAUACCGGCCAAACGUGGAACUAUGCCGGGAUGCUCCCCAGUACGGCCUCACAGACGAGGUUAAGCAGCUUGAGGCCACAAAACGCGCCCUUGAGGAGAAACUCAGACAGGCCAAGCACUCUCUGGACGGCUUGUAUAACAACCUGCACCGCAUCAAUGAUGACCUGGCCUUGAAAAACAACAGCCUGGACCUGGACAACAAAUGCAUGGAUGUUCGCAAGAAGCUUCUUUGCCGCCCCCAGACUUCAAUGCAGAGAAACCUUACAAUUACCGGCAUAGAGCGUGAACGAUCCAAGAUCCUCGCAUAAUAAACUUAGCUUUUAAUGGACACUAAAGUGGACUUUUUAUUGUUCUUUUUAAUGGAUUUAUUAGCUGGGAAGGCAUUUGAAUAAUGAACUUGUUAUCAGUAUUUUACAUUACAUUUUUGAGUCAUUUUUCUUCUUCUGUGUGAUCAAGUAGAUCAUGUUCUGAAAUUUGUAUCAUCAUAUGUGUAAGUGACAUAUACCUGUUAUCAGUUUGGAGUAUAAAAAUUAAGAAAAAUUGAACUAAAGCCACAUUUGUUCUUGUGUAUCUUAUUCAUACUUCUUAAUCAUUAUGUAAGUGCAUAGCAGUCAUGCUUUUAUACUUUCACCAAAAUACAGUAGAUUUUGAAGAUAUUAUUAGGUAUCUAGUAAUAUUUACAUUGCCAACACCAAAACUAAAAACACUUAAAUUUCAACAAAGUAUUUUACAUUAAGUGAACAUAAAUGUUCAGCUCAAGUUUUACUUCUGGGCUGCUUUGCCUAUUGUUGAUUUAUCUGUGAUACACCGCUGCUUGGUAGAUAGAAAAUCUGUGUGUUUUCUCGUCACUGCAUCUGUUAUUUACGUGUUCCCCACCCACCCUGUUGUUUGAAACCAUGUCUUGUUUCUUGUUAAUGGACUUUAUGCUUGUUAAGUAUUGAAAAUCCCAUUAAUUUUGGUAAUGGAUGAAUUGUCAUACCUAUUAAUGUUAUAUUGUUUAUGUAUUACAUUCCUAAAUAUUGUAAAACUUUUCCAAGUUUUCUUCGACCAUUAUUCAUGAUUAAAAGCAUGUUUUGUCUUUUAUAAAUGGAAUGUUUUUGUGGUAUAAUUAGAGACUGCCGUUUAUUGUGAUAUUUAAGCUUUUGAAACCAAUUGAAAUAAUAUUACCAUCCUGUUAAGUGUGAAUGAUGUUUGACAACCAAUAAAAAUAUUACCAUCGUGUUAAGAGUGAAUGAUGUUUUACCGUACAUCUAUAUUAUGUUGGAUCUAUACUUUCUGUUAGAUGAUGGAUUAAGCGAAUGAAUAAAACUAUUAUGUGUU